GCCGCUUUACCGCAUUGCUGUAGAGGCGGAGGGCGGGUCGCGGUUGCGCAGCGCCGGCGCUCUGACACCGCCCCCACCCCGGCGAUAAAAAGCGGCGAGAGGCAGCGCCGUCUCCCCGGCACCAGCGCCAGACUGCUGCAGCCUCCCACCAUGGGCAAGGAGAAGAUCCACAUCAACAUCGUGGUGAUCGGCCACGUCGACUCUGGCAAGUCCACCACCACCGGCCACCUCAUCUACAAAUGCGGCGGCAUCGACAAGCGAACCAUCGAGAAGUUUGAGAAGGAGGCGGCAGAGAUGGGUAAAGGUUCCUUCAAGUACGCCUGGGUCCUGGACAAACUGAAGGCAGAGCGAGAGAGAGGGAUCACCAUCGACAUCUCUCUGUGGAAGUUUGAAACACCAAAGUACUACAUCACCAUCAUCGAUGCUCCAGGGCACAGAGAUUUCAUCAAGAACAUGAUCACUGGGACCUCACAGGCGGACUGCGCAGUGCUGAUCGUGGCAGCGGGUGUGGGUGAGUUUGAGGCGGGCAUCUCCAAGAACGGGCAGACGAGGGAGCACGCUCUCCUGGCCUACACGCUGGGCGUGAAGCAGCUCAUUGUGGGCAUCAACAAGAUGGACUCCACCGAGCCCCCCUACAGCGAGAAGCGCUAUGAUGAGAUCGUGAAGGAAGUCAGUGCCUACAUCAAGAAGAUCGGUUACAACCCAGCUACCGUCCCCUUUGUCCCCGUCUCCGGUUGGCAUGGUGACAACAUGCUGGAGGCCUCACCCAACAUGCCAUGGUUCAAGGGUUGGAAGGUCGAGCGUAAGGAGGGAAAUGCCAAUGGGGUGAGCUUGCUGGAGGCACUGGACACCAUCUUGCCCCCUACCCGGCCCAUCAGCAAACCCCUGCGGCUGCCCCUGCAGGACGUCUACAAGAUCGGAGGGAUUGGCACGGUGCCAGUGGGCCGGGUGGAGACGGGUGUGCUGAAGCCUGGGAUGGUGGUCACCUUUGCCCCGGUCAACAUCACCACGGAGGUGAAGUCUGUGGAGAUGCACCACGAGGCCUUGUCUGAGGCCCUGCCUGGAGACAAUGUCGGCUUCAACGUGAAGAACGUCUCUGUCAAGGACGUCCGCCGUGGCAACGUGUGUGGGGACAGCAAGAACGACCCCCCCAUGGAGGCCUGUACCUUCACCGCCCAGGUUAUCAUCCUGAACCACCCGGGGCAGAUCAGUGCUGGCUACUCCCCGGUCAUCGAUUGCCACACCGCCCACAUCGCCUGCAAGUUCGCUGAACUGAAGGAGAAGAUCGACAGGCGUUCUGGCAAGAAGCUUGAGGAUAAUCCCAAGACCCUGAAGUCCGGUGAUGCCGCCAUUGUGGAGAUGACUCCAGGGAAGCCCAUGUGUGUGGAGAGCUUCUCCAAGUACCCACCCUUGGGUCGAUUCGCCGUGCGUGACAUGCGUCAGACCGUGGCCGUGGGCGUCAUCAAAAACGUGGAGAAAAAAGCCAGCACCACCGGGAAGAUCACCAAGUCUGCGCAGAAGGCCCAGAAGGCUCAGGGCAAGUGAAUGGGAUGUCCUGGGGAGGUCAGCACCAAGCCAAGCCCCCUCAACCUCUACCCUGUGGCCAAGGGGCACGUGUGCGCAUGUGCCGGUCAGAGCUCGCUGGUCAACGACUGGAUGUUAACUAUUAAAGUCCAAUGGAAGUUUUUUAAAAGGAAAAGUGUGUUGGUGGGGGUCUUGGUUUUCUCAAUAAACAAAAGCAGAGACGUGGAG